AUGUGCGGUGCAAAAAUAGCCCACAUUCCAAUCACCAAAACUCCUCCGCACCGGUUGCACGCUAGCAGGCCUAGUUUGGCUCGACGCCUCGACAUGAUGACCUCACGACUUUCCCGCCCGCAGGCCGGGCGCACGAUCCGCCUCUUCGGCGUUUUGUCUCUCCUCGCUGCGCCAGCCGCCGCGAACGUGGCCAUGUGGCACCCCUCGAUGUACGGCUUCGAAGCCGGUGUCGACGACGCCGGUCGCGCGGCUGAGCCCAAGGUCGGCAGCUGGUGGCUGCACGGCGAAAAGGACCAGCCCCCGGAGGAGGGUCAGUUCCUCGAGCUUCCCGCCGGUGGACAGUUCAAGGGCGAGCUCGCCUCGAAGAAGUCGUUCACGAGCUUUGGCAACGAGGUCUCGUGCGAUGAGGAGGGCGCCGUCCACGACCAGGUCCCUCGGAUCAGCUGUGGCCUGGCCCUCGCCUACGUAGCUAACGUCGAGGAGCUGGACCCCGCCAACUUCACCACCAUCUCCGUCCGCCACGACUGCUCCAAGCCCGAGGUUGUCUUUGACAUUCCCAAGAACCUCCCCGCUUGCCCGGAGGAAGGCUGCCACUGCUUCUGGGGUGCCGCUGACGAUGGCGACAUCAAGGGUGGCUGGCAGGGCAAGCCCGGCGCCGACCCUCUCCCCGUCCCGCAGCUGCCAAAAGCGUGCGCUGGCCGCCCCGAGAAGUGCACCAAGGGCGCGAAGCAGAUGGUCGUCUGGGGCCAGGCGGAGGGCAACAACGUCGUUGGCGACGGUCGCUUCAAUGACGACUUUGGCUACGCGGACGGUGCCCAGGCUGACAUCUGGGAGCUCGACGACAAGAAGCCCGUGGCCAAGGUGCUUCGUCGCGAUGAGGGUGGCGACAACCAGAACAACGGCGGGAACGAUGGCAAGGAGUGGGACCAGAAGUGGUACAAGCAGACGUGGACGCUGGAUGAGCUGCGCCAGCCCUGGACCGACGAGGAGCGUGUCUACAUCGAGCGCGAGGUGCACCAGCACUGGGACAACAUCCUGUCCGAGAAGGACUACAACUACCUCGACAUGAACUCGCUCUCCGUUCCCGCGCAGUACGUCGUGCGCAAGCUCCGUGCUCAGCUCUGGCUCGCCACGGCUUCCAAGGAGGAGAUGCCGCAGACUAAGCAGCCGGGUGCCGCGGAGACCAAGGCUCCUGAGCAGAAGCCGACCGCCGCUGAGGCGAAGGUGACUGAGGCCGUCAAGACCCAGGCCCAGGGUGCCGAGCAGCCGAAGAAGACCGCCGCGCUGGAGCCGAAGAAUGUAGAGGGUGAUAAGACGAAGGAGGAGGCGUCGAAGCAGAGUCCCGAGGACCAGAAGAAGGUGGAAGAGGAGCUGAAGAAGAAGGCGGAGGAGGCCAACAAGAAGGCGCAGGAGGCAAAGAAGAACCCCGAGGACCAGAAGAAGAAGGAAGAGGAGGAGCAAAAGAAGAAGGACGAGGAGGCGAGAAAGAAGGCCGACGAGGACAAGAAGAAGGAAGAGGAGAAGAAGAAGGCCGACGAGACAAGCAAGAGGAGCGAGGCUGCCCCUACGAGCUACUCUUGGGGCUUCGCCAACCUGAACGAGUACCUCGAUAAGCUCCGCCGCGAGGGCCAAGGGCCCGCCAUGGCGCAGAUCGAGUACCUGAAGGAGUCGUGGAAGGAGAUGCAGGCCGACGACAACUACCCUCCCGACAUGAUCAAGUGGUGGCAGACGCUUCAGGAUAAGUUUGAGCCUUGGAAGACACCGACGCCUGUGACGACCGGCAACCCAUCCGUUAACACUGUUAGGUUGAACAGCAUCAUCGACGCGAUCAAGAACGCCGGCAAGUUGAAGCGUGGCGAGCCCCAUCCCACUCCUGCGCCUCGUUUGCCUGCGCACCCGAAGCGUGAGAUGAACAUUGACUCCGACAAGGUUCUUGUGAAUACCCUCCAGGACGUUCAGACCACCAAGCUCCUCCUCUUCAAUCCGAACGCGAAGCAGGAGGCGAAGACUGAGGGUGUCUACACAAAGCAGGCCGAUGGCCCCGCCCCUACGCCUAUCGCGACUCUCCGAGGUCCCCCAGCCAACGCGAAGAAGCCCUCACCGACGACCUCCUCCUGGGAGCCAACUGGAACAUACGCUUCUCUCUUCGGCUAUUUGCUCGACGAGGUGAAGCACGAUCCGAGCUACCGCCUUUCCCCCGCGCAGCUUCGAUGGCUCGACCAUCUCAAGAAGAGCAGAGAUGACGGCAUUUGGAAUGGCGAAUGGACGAAGGACUUCUGGACCUUCAUGAUUGAGAUGCGUCACCAGCAGCGCAAGCGCUGGCUCAAGCCCAAUGACCAGGGCGACAUCGAGCUCCAGGACUGGGACACGCGCACGUACCGUGACAAGAACGACGUUGAGCGCUUCCUCCGCCAGCUCGAGUGGUCCGAUGAUGAGAUCCGCGGAUUCAACGAAGCCGAGGUGAUCGACUACAAUGCGCUCGUUGCCCGAGUCCAGGAGCUCGGAGGCUGGAAUUCGGCUGGUAUGAAGAAGUCGGACAGGUACCUCGACGAGGAAUCGCACCUCCGUUGGCCCGAAAUCUACGUGCUCCGCAAGCUUCGCUUUGCCAAGAAGAAGCUCCGAGACAGCGUCAAGCAGUACUUUGACGAUCACAGGUGGUGA